CACCUGUCUGCCCUCAGGUGGCGACAAGGGUCCAUCUUUGUCGCUUGUUGUUUCGUGUGAAAAAACGCGACGAUCUACCGACUCUCUCACGUGUAUGCGACCUCUACGACUCUGAUUUAAUAGUUAUUGUUUCGGGUUUAUUUAUGCACAACAGAUGACAAUGCUGCUUCUGAGGAGAGCUGCGCAGACGGCGGUGCGGACAAACCACCACAGGUCGUUUUCUGCUUCACAGACUCACCUGAACGAGAGAAAAGGUCUGGUGCUGGGAGUGUUUGAGGAGGAGGGGGAGCAGGGCAGCCUUCAUCUGACACAAGCAGCUGCAGGUUUUGAUCAAACUUCGUCGGGAAAACUCUCUGAACUGCUUAAAAUCUCUGGACCAACUCUUAAGAAAGGCAAAAGCAGAAUAUUUUAUGGAAUCCACAAGGACUUCCCGUGUGUGGCAGUAGUCGGAUUGGGUAAGAAGGAUGCAGGUGUGUGUGGAGCAGAGAACUGGGACACCAGCAAGGAGAGCAUCAGACAGGCAGUAUCAGCUGGCUGCCGGUUACUUCAGGACCUGGAGGUGAAUCAUGUGGAGGUGGACGCCUGCGGUGAUGCUCAGUCAGCAGCAGAAGGUGCCGCUCUGGGUUUGUUUCACUACGACCAACUAAAAUCCAAGAAGAAGACGAAAGUGACCACGCAGCUUCAUGGAAGUGCUGACUCAGUCGGUUGGGAGAAAGGAGUCACGUAUGCAGAAGGCCAAAAUCUGGCACGGCUUCUCAUGGAAGCUCCAGCCAAUCACAUCACUCCUACCGCUUUUGCCAACACCAUUGAGGAGAAAUUGGCACCGCAUGCCAAACGAGUCACAAUAAAUAAAAGAUCUCAGUCUUGGAUAGAGGAGCAACAGAUGGGAGCGUUUCUCAGCGUGUCUAAAGGUUCAGAGGAGCCGCCCGUCUUCCUGGAGCUUCAUUACAACGGUUCUCCUGACAGCAAGCAAGCACCGCUGCUCUUAGUGGGCAAGGGCGUCACCUUUGACAGUGGUGGUAUUUCUCUGAAGCCGUCUCCUUCUAUGGAUGCAAUGAGAGCUGAUAUGGGUGGAGCAGCCACAGUGUGUGCGUCUAUCGUCACAGCAGCAGCUCUCAAACUCCCCGUCAACAUUAUUGGUCUGGCUCCUCUGUGUGAGAACAUGCCCAGUGGAAAAGCUACUAAACCAGGUGAUGUCGUCACAGCCAAAAAUGGGAAAACAAUCCAGGUUGAUAAUACAGAUGCAGAGGGACGUCUGAUUCUUGCUGACGCACUGUGUUACGGACACACCUUCAACCCCAGAGCUAUUGUCAAUGUUGCUACACUAACAGGUGCGAUGGAUGUGGCUCUUGGCUCAGCAGCAACUGGAGUGUUUACAAACUCUGACUGGCUCUGGGAGCAGCUGCACAAGGCUAGUGUUGUGACAGGUGACAGAGUGUGGCGGAUGCCUCUGUUCCAGCACUACACCCGACAGGUGACUGACAGCCAGCUGGCUGACCUCAACAACAUUGGCAAGUACAGCCGUUCUGGUGGUGCGUGCACAGCAGCUGCAUUCCUGAGAGAGUUUGUCACAGCUCCUCACUGGGCUCAUCUGGACAUCGCGGGUGUGAUGAGUAACAAAGAUGAAAUCCCCUACCUGAGGAAGGGCAUGUCUGGAAGGCCGACACGUACACUGGUGGAGUUUGCUGCCGGGCUGGCGCAGAGUGGCUGAGAGGUUGACUCAUAAUCAGAUCAGACACAAAACUCUCUGACUGUGAGCUUCUUCUCUGGCGGGAUUCAACAGAUCUCUCAACACAGACAGAACGUUUAGAGGCCCAUGUACUUAAACAGUAUUGUUGCUAUGGAAGAGUUGUGGAACUGUUUGAUUACAGGUAAUACAUCAGUGUAAGAGGGUUUUGAAGUUUUUCCAUGCCACAGUGUACAACAGGUUCAGUGUCUCCUCACACUGAUGUGAUUCCAGCCGAAAAACAUAAUUUAUAUGUUGUGUAAAUAAACUAUACGGUUUUAAUUA